GAGUUGAGGUUAAAGCCUAAUAAUUUGAUAAUGUGAAUGUUAGAUCGGAAUAUUUAAGGUACAGUUAAUUUGAUUGUUCGAUUUUUAAUAACCAAGUUUUCCCAAUCAUUAAAAUUUUUACUGUUAUGUAAUAGCCCUAAAAGACACUUGAUAAAUUUGUAUAGAUUACAAAAACAGAUAAAGUUUGGUGAAUGUUUAGUCUAAAUUGUAAAGCUUGUCCACAAUGGCAUUAUCUGGGAAAGAAGAUACCAGAAACCUGGAACAAAGAAAACUGUUGAAAGGCCUGUUUGAGCAGAAAAACACAGGAACUCUGUGUGAUGUUCAACUGAAUAUUCAAGGAUCUAGCAUCUGGGGACACGCAUGUGUGUUAGCUUCCUGUAGUUCUUACUUUGCUCAGUGCUUCCAGUUAAACUUUGGCAUAGAAUCUACAUGGGAAAAUCAUUGGUGCUGUAAAAAGCCUCUAGUUAUUGACUUAGACACUGUACUAAAUGAAACUGUAAGAUUGUGUGUUACUUGUGUUACAACAAUAAUUGAUUUCAUGUACCUAAGAGAGUUAGUUGUAAUGCAAGGGCAUUGUCAACAUUUUUGUGAAAUUGUUCAUAUUCUAAAGGUAAUUGAUCUUUUACCAUUAUGUGAACAGUACUUUUACAAAAAAUGUCAAUUUAAGGAAACUAAACCAUACUCGUCUGUUGUUGAAGAAAAUAAUGAUAGUUUAGAUAAAACCAGUGAUAAUUGUGAUAACAGAAAAUAUGUGCCUGUAUCACCAUCUAUACCAGUAACAAAUUAUAACACAAACAAAUCGUUAAUAUCUUCAGAUGUUCAACAAAACAAUUCAUCAGAAAAAGAAAUUCCACUUGUAACCGUAGACUCGGGCAAAAACCUAAUAAAGAAUACAAAAACACCUGCAACUGAAGUAACUAAACAGUGUAUAAAUCCCAAUAGAGGAUCUAAAUGUAACAAAACAUUGAUGUCUAUAAAUGGUGAAAAUAAAGGUGAAAUUGAAAUUAUAGCUAUCGAUCAUAAUUAUACAAACAAAACAGAAGCAACUUCCAAAGAACUUAUUAGUUCAGGAUGUGAUUGUAAUUGUUGUAUUGGCAGUAAAGGAAUUCCAUCAAAUGAUGUAAAACAUAGGAAAAAACGUAAAAUGGUUUGUGAAAUAUGUACAUCUUCAUCAACUUCUGUGAAACUUAUGUUGAGACACAUGGAGAGCAAAAGUCAUUAUGGAACAUUGUGUCCUGUAUGCAACACACAAACAAAAAAUGUAAACAGUUUGAUGGAGCAUUUGAAGGAUCAUGUUAAUUCAAAACCUUACUUGUGUCAAGUGUGCAAUAAAAGAAAUCGCCAUUGGGAGAACCAUAAGGUACAUAUGAGAACCCAUUGUGAAAACAAACAAUUCGUUUGUGAAAUUUGUCAUAAGACUUUUAGAAGGAGCAAUAGUUUAAUGGUACAUUUUAAGGCACACAAUAAAAAUUAUUUAUGCAAUGAGUGUGAUUAUGUGACUAGUGAUCUAAAAGUUUUUAAUAAUCACAUAAUGCAACAUCAAGUAAAAAACACUCAAGAUACAGCAACUUGUCUUUUAUCAGAUUGUACGAGUAAUAUUCAAUCAGUACAAGGCAGUGAUACAAAAAAUUGUGAAAUCAAGAAGAAAUUUCAUUGCCAAAUAUGUGGCAAAGGUUUUACAAAAAAGAAAAAUUUACUAAGACAUAUUGAACUGAAAUAUACAAAUGUACCAGAAUACAGCUGCUCAAAUUGUAAAUAUGUAACUAAAAGAACGGAUCUAUUGAGACAACACUUAAAGAAACAUCAUAACUGUACACCAUCUGAAGAAGAUGAGAAAAAUUGGAAAGGACAGAAAGAUAAAUCUAAAGAACAAAGGCAAUUAAAAGAAAUUAUUGAUGUAUCAAAGAAUGUAAUGGGUGUAUUAAUACCAGUUCAACUAGUUUCUACAAGUGAAGAAUCCAUUCUGGAUGCAUUUAAUGUGAAUAAUGUCAAUAGUGAAAUAUUAGUAAAUACCAAUAAGACUAAUUAUGCAACUAACCAAAAUGAAAUAGAUGAUACAAGUAAUAAUUUUGUUUCAAAUCAUCCACAAUUAUAUGAAGUACCCAUUUCAAAACAAACGGAUGAAAUUAUAUCAGCUAAAAAAGAAUUUAUUGCCAGUCCUCAACUUUAUGAAAAAGUUCCUGAUCUGUCGCAUACUUCAAACAUAAAUGAAAGUAAAAAUGAUAGUUCACCUUCACUGGAAAAUCAUAAUGAAGUGGUGUAUCCCAAAGUUAGAACAUCAUUUCAAAGCAUCCAAGUUGAUUUUUCCACGGAUAUCCAACAAUAUGAUAACACAGAGAUUUCAAGAUCAGUCAGUUGUGUUUAUCCUGACACAGAUGUAAUGCAAAAUAUACGUAUUGUGGUUGACAAAGAAUCUAAACAAAGUGUUGAAAAUUUAAAGAUUGGGUCAGAUUUUAUAGAAACAUUUGAUGGUAGUUGGCUAAAUGAAGCAACUGGAGAGUUAUUGACCAGAAACAACUUUAUGAAAGUACAUUUAAUUGAGAAAGAAAAAGCAAAUGAUAAGGACUCUGUUAACAAAACAAUAACUCCACCUUUAGACUUUAAUGAUUCUUUCCAGACGUUGUUAUUAGAUGAGGCUACAAAUGGUCUUCCUGUGUUUGAUUUUGUUGAUGACACAGAUGACUUAUUAUCUAAUCCACAGACUCCUCAAACAAAUGUAGUUGAAUUUGAUGAUCCAGACAAUUUACUAUCAUGGAACUGUUUAGACAAUGGUUUUUGCUCUACAUGGGUUCUAAAUGAAACCACAGGUGAACUGAAUUUGGUCAGUUUUGGCAUGCAACCUCUAAAGUAUUCUGAUGAGCUAAAAUUAGAUGAAAAUACUGGAACACUGACUUCUAUAGAUGACGAUGAGACGGCUUUAUUUUUGAAUGAAGGCACAGGUGAUUUGUCAGUUAUUUACUUUAAUCCUAAUAGACGUGAAUGUGAAAGUCCUCUCCAUUUGUUUAAUGAACAGCUCAAUCCAGACACACUUGAAACUCGUUCUGAUCAUUCAGAUGAUGAUACCGAAUUUCUGAAUGAAGAAUUUAUAAGAGCAUCUGCAAACUUUAUGGCUGACAGUGGUAACGAAACAUUUCUAAAUGAACUUACUGGGGAAUUUUGUAUUGGACAAUUUUCCAACUACCAACAGGAAAAUCAAGCCAGGGGAAAUGAACAUGUUUAUCUAAAUGAGGAAACUGGUGAGAUUUCAUGGAAUGUACUCGACAAAGAUGCGAAUCGUGGAUUAUUUUCCAAUGCUGAAAUGUUGGUGUAUGACUAUGAUGACUCAUUACAUUGUGAAGACCUUGAACAGUUUUCAACAGAAAUUGAUAACUUUUCUUCUCAGCUGGGCCUAGAAAGAAGCAGUGAUGAUGAUUGGCAACCAAUAGAUGAGAAGUGUGAUACUUUAUUAAAUGAAUGUACAGGGGAAUUUGUUAAAAAGGAUUGAAAAUAGAUUUGGAAUUUGAAAAGUAUUUUAAUUACAUGUGGUGGUGACUGUUUGGUUAAAAUCUCAGGAGAUUAACUCAUUGAUAAAAAUGUCCACAUUGAUAUAAACAUGUAAAGUAUGUAUACUAAUAUUUACAGUAGGCAUAUUUUAUGUUGUAGUGAUAUAGUCUACUUAAUUAUAGUUUAUUUUAAAAAUCUGUACG